CCGCCCCCCUCGCCGCCCAUCCCGAUCGACCCCGCCCUGGCCCUUUACGCGCCCCAGUACUAUGGUUACCAGCAACCGCACCAGCACAUGCAGCCCCCGCCCCACCUGACGCUCUCCGCAAGCCUCUCUUCACCGUCCUCGCAUGGCUCCGAGACCAUUGGCAGCCCUCCAAACGACACAAUUUCUUUCAGCGCAAACGCUAACGGGAAGCGCCCUGCGUCAUCCAACAGCGUCUCGAAUGACAGUCGCAAGCGAGCGCGUCAAGAUGACGAUGCGGACCCACAAAGUCCCAUUACCGAGAGAGGGGAUGAGCCCAAGGCGAAGCCAACUCGCGGCUCCCGUGCUUGCACAGUCUGCCGACGCCUCAAGAUGAAGUGCGUCGGAGCAGAGAACGGUCCGCCCUGCAAGAGGUGUCAGACGGGAAACCAUGAAUGUAUCUUUGAGGAGUCCAACCGCGGAAAGCGCUCCACAAAAAAACACGAGAUCCUCACUCGGUCUUUGCGCAAGAUGGAGCGUACUCUGGACACGGUCCUGCGCUCCCUCGGAAAUCCGAGCAUAGCGUCAGGGAUGCUCUCUCGAUCACCAUCGCCGACGCUGCAAACCCAGAAUACGCAGGCUCUCAUCAACUCACCUUCUCCGCCGCCAUCUCCCGACCGCAUGCACCACUCCUCACACCACAUCAUCCCGACGUCACCCAAGAUGCACUCACUUCCCGACAACACUCUGAACCCGCUAGGUCUACUGGCAGAGGCCAGUCUUGCCAACCGACGUGCGCAAGCAGCCGCAAAGUCCAGUUCUACGGCUGAAGGAUCCACCGAGAAGGCCAACUUCGGCGUCGCAAGUGACGUGUACUUCAAGCCAGGCCCUAUGACGAUUCUUCCCCUUCGGCGACUAUAUAUCGAACGGCAGGUGCAGCCAGAAAUGCUCAGUUUUGUCAGCACCGAAGAGGUCCUGGCCCUCUUCAAAAUCUACUUUGAUCAUAUGAAUGUACACUCGCCCCUUCUUGACCCUGAGUUCCACACGCCGUCAUUGGUGUGCUCUCGCUCGCCCUUCCUGCUGACCUCGAUCUGCGCCGUUGCCUCUCGGUUCUACGAUGCGCGCCCUGACCUGCAUGCUAAACUAUCCGAGAUCGCUCGGAAACUCACCUUCCAAGUCCCCGCCCGUGGCUACAAGUCCGUUGAGAUCGUCCAGGGUUACCUUAUCAACACCCUGUGGGGCAGCGGUCCCGUGCAGCGAUACGAGCAGGACCAAACAUGGAUGCUCCUUGGCAUGGCUAUCAGGAUGGCGACCGACCUGAACCUGCACCGCAGGUCCACCGCAGUGAGUCCCGACACGCCGGAAGGGCGCGCCCGGGACCGCGAGGUGCACAACCGGGAGCGGACAUGGAUCUUCUGCUUCUGUCUCGACCGCUCUUUCAGCGCGCAGAUGGGCAAGCCGUAUUCUAUCAAGGAAGAUUACAUGAUUCGCAAUGCAUCGCAGUGGGCAAGGUCGCCGACCGCUGUUCCCGCGGACAGUGCGCUCGCUGGCUAUGCGGACCUACAACGCAUUCUCACCCGCAGCCUCGACUUGCUGUACUCGGGGACGACGAACUCGUCGGGCCUGCAGGUCGAGUGCGACUUCCUGCUCGUCAUCAAGACCAUGGAGACGCAGCUGCUCGCGUGGCAUCACGAGUGGCUCCACAUCCGGAAUGCCACUAUCGGGGAGAACGACCGCGUGCAGAAGUACCGACGGCUGAUCGCGAACUACUAUUUCCACUACGCGAUGCUCACCAUCAACGCGUUCGGGCUGCAGAACGCGCUCGAGCGGUCCGCGGUCGACAUUGGCCACUUCUUUGCGCGGUGCCACUCGUCCGCGGUGAGCUGUGCGCUGCUCCUCCGCGACGAGAUGGGUCCGCUCGGUUUCUUGAAGUACGCGCCGGACUCGCACUUCGUCAUGGGUUCCUACGCCGUGCUCUCUCUGCUCAAGGCCAGUUUGCUUCUCAUUCGCCCCGAGUUCCAAGCGUUCCUGGAUCACGAGCAGAAGACGGUCGCCAUCGUCAACGACGUCGCGAACGUCUUUGAACAGAUUGCUGUCAACCAGUUGCACACGCCUGCCCUCUACAGCUGCUUCCUGCGCGCUCUCAUCAGCGCACGGACACAGGAGAACGCGAACUCUAACCUCGCGCACUCGUCGUCGUCUUCCGUCACCGCCGGUACUCAAGACCAGCACCACACGAACGGGGAGAGCAGCACAUCGCACGAUGCCCCAGUCGCGUCGGGUAGCUCGCAUCCUUACACGAACGGGCAUACGAACGGGCACGCGUCCGCAAACGGGAACUUGGAUACAUUCCUGGACAACUUCGCGUACAGCGGCGAGAUGGGGCCCGUCGCGGACAUCUCGACAUUCCCGCCGACGAUGGCGCCCCCGCAGCAGCACGGCAUGGACGUGAAUAUGCUGUCGAUGGACAGUAUCCUCAGCGCAGACUUCUGGGACAGCGUCCUAGUGCCAGGCUCGUCACACUCGCUCGAGAGUCUGAGCGGCGGUUUCGUGUACGGCGCGAACGGAAGCGGGCUGAUCACGCCCCGCAUGUGGAUGUCGCCGCUGCCGUCCGGCGCGAACACGCCUGCGCGGGGCGGGGAGCACGGCCACCAUCACCACCAGGACGGCGGACCGCCUGCGGGCGAGCUGGGGCUCGAGGUGCCCUUCAGCGGCAGCUCCUCGCAGCAGGGCCAGUCCGCGCAGGUCGACGUGAGCGCAUGAACGCUGCGUCGCCCCCUUCCCCCCAGAUCCUUAUGCAUCGUAUGGGUCUUCGUCUUUCGGUAUGCAUACGGACUGCUCACUUGGAUUCGUCGGCGUCGACGUCGACGCCGAUGCUUCGCUGCUCCUCGCUAGAAUAUACUGUACGCUCCAUAUGUUUUUUGUGUCGAGUUCUGUCUAGUCCGGUAUCCCGCGCGGUUACCGCGUUGUACGUACUACAUGUCGCAUGUCGCAUUGCAUGGUCGUCGCUCUCGCCCCCCUCACUUCCGGUCUCCGCUCCGGCUCGCUUGC